CCAGGAUCGAACUUGAACUUGAUCAUCUACAAAUCCUUCGGACUUGUGUGGAUGCCACUUGGCCGAGCCGAAUCGGAUGUCUUCUACACACUUCCCAACUACUGGACUGGCGGAGGCAACUAAGGCGCUCGAGGAAUUCAAACAGCGUGAUGCUUCAAAAGUCGUCGUACGAUUUAAAGCAACCGGUUCAGCGCCAAUCAUGAAACAGAAUUUCUUUAAAAUUACCUCUUCGAAUCGGUUUCAAGCUGUCAUCGCGUUUCUCAGGAAGGAGUUAGGAUUAAAGCCGACAGACCCUGUGUUCCUGUAUAUCAACUCAUCCUUCUCUCCAGCACCCGAUGAAACGGUGGCCAAUCUGUUCAAGUGUUUUUCUACUGAUGGUCAUCUCAUUGUGAAUUAUAGUUCGACAGCGGCCUGGGGAUAGUAUGACUUUGCCCGAAACCGAUUCAUGCUUUUGUUCUUUUAAUAACCAAAUGUACCAACAUGGAAUUUCACGUAGCAAUGCCUUUAAUCUUCUGUGAUUCAAGCCUCAUAGCCACCAGCGUCAUACAAAUACCCAACUGAUCGAUCGAUCCGAACAAAGAGUAUCCAAAAAGCAAACAAUCGCAUUCAAGUUGGUAAGGCAUUGAAAAUACACCCCUCCUGGGCUGCUUGACGAACAAGCCAAAAAUCCUGAGGAAGCUAACUGUACUGUUAUAGAAUUCACCCAGUGUUUUAUGGAGAUUGCUGGUACCUUAUGUAUGUUUCUAUCCCUAAAUUUC